AUGUUGAGAGUAGCAGCUCUGCUCCUGCAGCUGACGCUAUGGGCUACUACCGUCUACGCCUUCUUCCCGUUCAUCCCGGACGACCAGUGUGACCCAAAUGAGCACUGUGGCCCCUUUCCCGCCAGCUCGAGGAGGGGCGAUAGUGGGUUUGACCAGACGUCCAAGGGAAUCACACUCGAGCUCUAUCACAGGCCCAGUAAUAAUGACGCCUCCGCAAAGACCGACCCGAUAGCACGAGCCACUGAGCAGCUCAUUCGCAAGUUUGGAGGCCUGCGGUCUUCACCGCCGUCCGAGUUGGAUAGAAGGAAGAACGAGUAUUCCGUAUCCGAACCUGCGGGCCCGACAACAUCCAACAGCGCGGGUAUCUACCAGGCUGGGCCCGACUACUCAUACUUCAUCAAGGCACAAGUCGGCUCCGCGCAACAGUCGUUUUACAUGCUCCUCGACACCGGCGCUGCAAACUCGUGGCUUAUGGGCUCCGACUGCCAGUCAGAUGCUUGCAAAAUGCACGCAACUUUCGACCCUUCCUCUUCGAAGACAUGGCGGACAGAUAAGGAAGCCUUUUCGAUUGCAUACGGCUCCGGGGACCUUACCGGCAUCGUGGGUCAGGACAAGGCCUCCUUUGCUGGCCUGAAGAACUUCGACUUCUCCUUUGGGCUGGCCAACUACACUCACGACGAUUUCAAACAUUUUGCCUUUGACGGCAUCCUCGGUCUCGCGAUGAGUUCAUCGGUGACGGGGACGUUCUUGCAGACACUAAAGGCGAACAAACUGCUGAACUCGCUCACAGUCGGCAUUUCCUUGAACCGGGAUUCGGAUGGAAGGAACGACGGUCAGGUCACGUUCGGCGGGGUUGACAAAGCCAAGUAUACUGGUGAGAUCACGUACACUAACGUCCAAUCCCCGGAAAAAGAGGCUGGAGAAUGGGCUAUCCCAAUGGACGGUGUGGGCUUCAACGGCAAGUCGGUCAGCAUCGGCAGCACAAUGGCCUACAUUGACACGGGAACAUCGUUCAUCUUUGCGCCACCGGACGACUUGGUCGAGCUAUUCAAGCUCAUUCCGGGUUCAAGCUCGUACCAGAACGCCCAGUAUGUGGAAUAUCAGAUCCCAUGCGACACGAAGUUGCCAAUCCAUGUCACCUUCUCCGGCGUCAAUUACGAAAUCUCGGCGGCAGAUUGGGUCGUGAGGAAGGAUGAGAAGAGCUGCAUCAGCCGCAUCUACGGCUACGAGAUCAAGAGCGGCACUUGGCUGCUCGGCGAUACCUUCCUCAAGAACGUCUACAGUGUCUUCGACGCUGAUAAGAUGCGGAUUGGCUUCGCCGCCAAGCCCGCGCCGCCGCCGAAGCCGACCUCGACAUCGGUCACAGCAUCGGCAUCGGCAUCGACUAGUUCGUCUGCCACUACACUCGUCACGGCAGUUACGUCGUUGGCAAGCGAUGCGCACCCCCAAAUGCCGGGGUUUAGCGGCCAGGAGACGCCGGCGGCGGGCACUGCCCAGUCGACGUCAAGCCCAGCAGCGGCACACACGGUCUCGCCUGGAAACCAGUUGAGGAGCAGUGUCUGCAUGUCGAUGCUCUGCAUCGCUGCUAGCUUUGCUAUCCUGGGGUGA